CCAUCUCCCUUCCUGUGACAAACGACAUGAAUAAAGGGGACACUAAGGUGAUGAAGUGCAUUGUAGAGGUCAUCUCUGAUACUUUAUCGAAGCCAAACCCCCUGCCGAUCAGCGAAGAAUGCCUAGAAACACUCAGAGGAGAUGAACGAAUCAUUUCCAUCCUUCGCCACCAAAAUUUACUGAAGGAACUUCAGGAAAUUGCUGCUCAAGGUGCCAAUGAGAGAACUCAGCAGCAGAAGAAAAACAGUGGCUUCGAAGAUGAACUUUCUGAAGUCCUUGAAAGUCAGAAUGACAAGAACAAGCAGAGAGAUGCCACAGGGAAGCGCCCUGAAGAGGAGCAGCCCACGGGGUCCCUGGCUGAGCUGGCAGCACAGAAAACCCAGCAAAAUGGAGAAUCAAGAGAGGAUGGAAAAAACAGCCUGGAGGAGAGGGAGCCCAGGCCACGGGAUGCCAACCCUGGAGAGAAGGAGGAUCAGGAGGAAGCAGAGAGUAAUGAGAUUGGGGGUGCAGAGGAGGCCCAGAGGGAUGAAGCUUUGGACAACCACAUCAGCAAAGACCUCAGUGAGGAUGAGCGGCAGCAGCGAGGGGAUGAAGAGGAGCAGCCCAGAAGCUCCAGAGACAGCCUGGAGCUCGAGGACGAGGGAGAGCAGCCAUCCAGACAGAGCCACGAGCCAAGCAGGGAGGUGGCAGGGGAGCGUGUGGAGCGGGAGGAUGACAGAGGAGACGAUGCUGCAGAGGAGGACCCUACUGAAGCAGAGAGGUCACUUGAUUUGGCUGAGGAGGAUGAGGAGGCUGAGGAGAUGCAGGGAGACGACAAUAACGAUGAUGCUCUGGGAUUUGGCAAAGAUGGGCGGAGCUCUGAGGAGGAGGAAGAGGAAGAGCAGCCCCGGGCACUGAGAGGAGGAAGGCAUCGCCUGGAGGAUGAGGGGAUGCAGGAGGAGGAGGAGGAGGACACCUUCCAGCCCAGGGAUGCCAAAAGCGAAGAGAUGGAGGAGGAGUCCUCCAGGGAGUGGGAGGACUCUAAGAAGUGGAACAAAAUGGAUGAGCUGGCCAAGCAGCUGACAUCAAAGAAGCGCAUGGAUGAAAAUGAUAGUGGGGAAGACCCAGAUAGGUCCAUGAAAAUGGCAUUCAGAUCCCACAAGUAUGACUUCAGUAGUCCAGAGGAAGACGUGAGAAGGUUGUGGAAGCAUCACUCGAAGGAGGACAGCAGUGAAGGAGGCUUCCCUCUUGCUCCCCUGCCCGAAGAAAAGAAGGAUGAGGAAGGCAGCGCUAACAGGAGAACGGAGGACCAGGAGCUGGAGAGCCUGGCCGCCAUCGAGGCCGAGCUGGAGCGUGUCGCCCACAAGCUGCAUGAGCUGAGGCGAGGCUGA